AUGGCGGCGGAAAUGGACCGGAACUGCUGCGUUGCUGAGGUGGCGGCGAAGCAGAUCAGCCGAGCAGAGAGGUCUCAGUCCAGCUGCGAGGCAUGUCAACAGCGAGCAGGCUUUGGGAUCAGCGUAGAGGAGGAGAAGAAAUCUGAGAAUCCUGCUCCAGAGCAGUAUGAAGUAGUGGGACCUGCAGAGCCUGUAUUUGCUGUCGCUGGUGAAGAUGCAAUUCUGCCCUGUUCAGUCAAACCCAGCAUCAGUGUUGUGGACAUGAGAGUGGAGUGGUUUAGACUCGACCUGAAAGACUCACAACCAGUGCAUCUCUACGAGGAUCACGAAGACAGAAACACAGAUCAGAUUCAGUCCUACAGAGGAAGAACAAAACUGAUUCAUCAAGAACUGCAGAGAGGAGACGCAUCACUCAAACUCUCAUCAGUCCGAGUCUCUGAUGAAGGACUUUAUAAGUGUUUUAUUCAGUCCAGAUCCUGGUAUGAUGACGCCACUGUUAAUGUCAGAGUUGAAGCUCUCACACAUUUAAGAACACACUCGGUGAAUGUGAUUCUGGAUGGCGAUACGGCUCAUCCACGUCUCAUCGUGUCUGAUGAUGGCAAACAAGUGAGGGAAGGAAGGACACGACGGGAAGCAGUGGAUGGGAAAACAGACAGAUUUAAUUAAUAUCGUGGUGUUCUGGGGAAGGAUGGAUUCAGCUCAGGGUGUUUUUACUUUGAGGUGCAGGUGAAGGGUCAAACUAAGUGGUAUUUAGGAGUGGCCAGAGAAUCUGUGAUCAGGAAGGGCUGGAUCCGUCUGAGCUCUGUGAAUGGAUGCUGGACUGUGAGUCUGUAUAAUGGAAAGUAUCGGGCUCGUGAGUCGUCAUAUGUGCUUCUUUCUCUGAGUGUGGCUCCUCAGAGGGUCGGUGUGUUUGUGGAUUAUAGCGAGGGUCUCGUCUCUUUCUAUGACGUGGAGUCCAUGUCUCAUAUCUACUCUUUCACUAAUCAGUCUUUUAAUGAGAAACUCUAUCCAUUUGUUUGUUUGGGGUAUUAUUGGAAUAAAAACUCUACACCAUUGAUCAUCUGUGAUGAUUACUAA